AGCUAAUUCAUCUUCAUAUCAAUCAAAUAUAGCAUAAACUUGCAGCUAUCUUGUUACUUGAUCAUGGGUGUACAGAAGCAUGUACUCGAGAUUACUUCAUCUGUCUCAGCAGAGAAAAUGUUCCAGGGCUUAGUCAUUGAUAUGUACAGCAUUCUGGCCAAGGUUGCCCCAGGAGCUUAUAAGCAUGUCGAAACCAUAGGCGAUGGCGGAGCUGGAACAAUCAAACAUAUCACUCUUCCUGAUGGUGCCCCAAUUACCACAAUGACAGUUAGAACCGAUGCUAUUGACAAGAAGGCACGGACACUGGAUUACAGCGCGAUCGGGGGAGACAUCCUGAUGGGAUUCCUUGAUAAAAUUGAAAAUCAUGUUGUGGUUGUGCCUAAUGCUGAUGGAGGCAGCACCACCACCACCACAGCCAUAUACCACACGAAAGGCGACGCCGUGGUGCCAGAAGAGAACAUCAAGUAUGCCGAUCAGCAGAACACGUUGCUUUUCAAGGUUGUUGAGGCCUAUGUCAUUGCAAAUUAAUCAAUCUGUCGGGUUUGUGUUAUUUGGGAGUAGUGCACCUGCAUCCUUUUGAAUGAGUGUUUGAUGUAGUUUCUGUCUUUUCUGAUGUAUACUAUCCGUCCCCUCGUUCAUUUCUAUACAGUUUUUUUACAUUA